AUGAUAUCAAAAAGGCAGCGCGCGACCCGGCUGUUCACGGAGGUGCAGGCGGCAUACGAGGUGAUCUCUGACCCACAGGAGCGCGCCUGGUACGACUCUCACCGCGACGCCAUCCUGCGCAACGACGAUGUCGGCGGCGGCGGUGGCGGGGGUGCCGGCGGAUCAGGGGGCGUGACGAGCGUGACGACGACGGAGGACGUGAUGCGGUGGUUCUCGAUGUUUGGGCGCAAGCUGUCGUACGAGCCGUCGCACCCGCAGUCGUUCUUCGUGGUUGUCGGGCAGGCAUUUGCGAAGCUGGCCGAGGAGGAGGUGGCGGCGGCGGAGUGGGAAGGGUUGGACCCGGUGAAUUAUCCAGGGUUUGGCGGCGCGAACAGUGGGUAUGCGGAUUGGGUAAAGGCGUUUUAUGUCGAGUGGGGGAACUUUCGCACGGCCAAGACGUUCAGCUGGUGUGAUGUGUACAGGUACUCGGAUGCGCCGGAUAGGCGCGUAAAGAGGAUGAUGGAGGCGGAGAAUAAGAAGUUGAGGGAUGCGGCGAUACGGGAGUUUAAUGAUAUCGUAAGGUCCUUUGUCACCUUCGUGCGAAAACGAGACCCCCGCUACACACCAAACAACCAGACCGAGAAGCAGCGACAAGAAGCCCUCCUCGCCGCCUCCAAAGAGCAGGCCGCCCGCCAGCGCGCCGAGAACGCCGCAAAGCUGCGGAACUACAAGGCCGCCGACUGGACAAACGUCCCAGAGCACGCCUUUGACGAGCUGUACGACUCGGAGUCCGACGACGACAACGCUGCAGACGAAGACGGCGAAGAGCAGGCGGAGGAGGAUGAAGAAGAAGAGGAGGGAGAGGAGGAGCUGGAGGAGGAGCCGAGACGGUACGAGUGCAUUGUGUGCAAGAAGGUGUUUGCGAAGGAGGGCCCCAUGCUGGACCAUGAGCGCUCGCAGAAGCAUGCGAAGGCCGUGUGGGAGCUGAAGAAGCAGAUGCGCAAGGAGAAUAAGGAGUUUGACCUUGACCGGGACGUGCGUGGGUGGAAGAAGCCGGAGGAGUUCAAGCCCAUUGACGACGACGACGAAGACGGGGAAGAGUACCUCUCUGCAGAAGAAGAAGAAGAAGAAGACGGCCUCCCUGCUGACGAAGAAAAAGCCAAAUCCCCAAAAGAAGAAAAAGGGGAACCCAAAAAGCCACUAGAACCCACAUCCACACCCACAGCUAACACAAAACCCCCCACUACCACCUCCCCCACCCCCUCCGAAGAAGAGGACUCCGACCUCGACAACGACGACUACGUCUCCACCGCAGCCUUCACCGCGCGCCUCCGCGGCGCCACAACGCCGCCAACAUCAGACCUCUCAAACCUCACGCUCACUACAAACUCCGACGACGACGGGUCCUCGAAACCUGCAGCGCAGAAGCUCGGGAAGGCCAAGGCUAAGAAGGCGAAGCGUGCUGCGGCGGCAGCGGAGGAGAAGGGCGGGAAGCCGAAUACGUGUGCGGUGUGUAAGCAGAGCUUUCCGUCGAAUACGAAGAUGUUUAAUCAUCUCAGGGAUAAUCCAUCGCAUGCGGUGCCGGUGGCGGGUGCUGGGGGUGCGGGUGUGGGUGGCGGCGGGAGUGGGGGCGGGAAGAAGGGGAAAGGGAAGGGGAAGGGGAAGAAGUAG